AUGAUGAUCAAUAUAAAAUUAAUGACAGGCAGAAAAGAAAUAUUAAGUCCAUCUAUUUAUGACACUUUUAGUGGCAGCAGUUUAAAAUCGUUUGGACCAAGGAACAACAGUCUUCCUAAUAUCUUUACUUCACUGAGUAAUCAAGAGAAAAUCGCUAAAACAAACGCUAAAAGCUCUUCCAGAAUUUAUAAUUCAACAGAUUCUUUAAGUAGGCUAAACAAAAUUAACACAGAGAAAGUAGUGCAUUUGUUUAAAUCGCUAAAAAUAGAAAAUCCCAGCCCAAAUUCGAAAAAUCCUUGCUUUAUUACAAUAAAUAAAAACUUCAAAAAGCGAGGAUCAGUCAUUAUCGACUAUAUAAAAUCAAACAGCAAGCCUUUUGAUUAUUUAGUAUCUGAAAGUACACUGGAGAGUAAAAAAAGGAUUGAACAAGAAAAAGCGAGAAAGCUAAAUAAAAAAGAAAUUGAAGAAAUUAACUCGAAGCUUAAAGAAAUAAUUUCUCAGAAGAAAUCACAGAUAGAUCUUCAAAUUGAGAAAAAUAUUGACAACUUGAAUAAAAAAGGCAUUUUUCCUAUGAGUAUUAACAAGUUAAGAGAAGAGAGCAAGGUGCUCCCGAAGUUAAGAAAAGUGUAAAACCUAUAUAGAAUCAGCUUAGAAAAAAAGAGAAUCUAUUUAGACUACACUCUCCGCCAGCGAAAGAAGUUAAAUAUUGAAGCGUUUCAAAGCAACUUAGGCUUGACAAUGAAAGAAAAGUAUGAUUGGGAAAAUAAACGAAAGAGUAACAUAUUAAAAGAAAUCAAAGAAGUCAUUGUAAAAGACUCUCAAAAAUCAGAAAUCCCUGUCUCAAGGGCAGAAAAUGAAAGCGAGGAUGAAAACGACAGUGGACAAAAUUUGAAGGAAAUUUCUGACUACGUGAAAUGGUUUAACAAAGAAGGAAUGAAAAACUAUAAGACAGCCCCUGUCAAAUAUCUGACAAAAUUCUAA